GCAACUAUAAGCUUUUGCCUUUCAAAUAACUCCUCAAAUUUCUACUUCAUUUCAUCACCACCUUCAUCUCCUUUUCUUCUUCCUUAAAUUUUCGAAACACCUGAAACUACGUUUGCUUCAUUUCGGGUAUUCCCAAAAGCUUAAGCUUUCCUUUGUUUCCUGCAAUUCAGCUUAACUUCAACCUUUUGAUUUUUCGUACUACUAUUUCUCAAUUUGUUGUUAGUUGAUUUGACCUUUGGAAUCGGCAAAGAUGGCAUCGUUCGAGAUGGAUGAUAGAAAAAAGAUUGGACUGGGAUUGACUGGGUUUGGCAUGUUCUUUACAUUAUUGGGGGUCAUUUUCUUGUUUGACAAGGGGUUGCUUGCCAUGGGUAACAUCCUCUUCCUGGCUGGUGUGACAUUGACCAUUGGGCCAAAAUCCGCUCUUGGUUUUUUCAUGAAACCUCAAAAUUUUAAGGGUACGAUAUCAUUUGGUGUUGGCUUCUUCUUGGUUAUCAUUGGCUGGCCUAUUAUUGGCAUGAUUUUGGAAUUAUAUGGAUUCAUUGUACUUUUCAGUGGCUUCUGGCCUACUCUGGCAGUUUUUAUACAGAGGAUACCUGUUCUUGGUUGGGUUUUGCAACAUCCACUCUUUAGAUCGUUGAUAGACAGAUUCCGCGGGAAACGGGUACCAGUAUAAAGCUAAGGAUGAAUAGGAAAACGUGAAGAAGCUGAAUUAGCAUGUUCUUUGUAAGUGUUUUGGGGAAGGGGACUGUUCAAAGGUGUAAUAUUUUUAGAUUCAUUCAGUUGUAAGUGUGUCAUCCUUUGUUUGGCUCACUUGUUCAAGUUUUUGCCCACUUUCUUAGGAGUUUCCAAUAUUUCUUUGUACAGAUCAAACUAACAAAAGCACAUUUUUGUGUGGUUAACUACUUUACUUUAUAUAAAAGAUAGUUGUAUAUGUUUUGUUGUAGAAUAAUGUUGAACGUUUGUAACUGCACAACAGUGGAAAAAUUAUGUUUUCAUAUCAA